GCUGCUACAGACGGCGAACGCGCAGUUCUUCGCACUUCUGCCCAACAUCAAGGUGCACAGACCCCACGUCUCCACAGAUCCUUUCUCCACGGAGCUCGUCAUGGAGCGUGGAAACACAGACUGGUGGGCAGCUGCAAAGAACAAGACCUUCUUAUACCCCAUCCAUGCCUCGCGAUCGUUCCUCCAGACGCCAACGCUUGCCUCGGCUUUGUACAUGAUGAUGUUGCGCUGGAUGCACCGCGACUAUCGUGGCGUCGCUGGCUUGGUCAGCGCCGUGGGAACGGACAGCAAGUUUGAAGAUGACGAGAUGCAAAUCUUCAGGGGCUUGGGCCGCAUCACCGAUCCGCAUCCAGAUUCCCACGCAAACCGUCUGCGGGUGUCUUUGGCCAUUGCCGAUGCGAACAUGGAGCUGCCUUGGGAUCUUCUACAGGACCGUCUUAGUGUUUAG